AUGUUUGGCAACACUCACUGUGCAGCAGGACAUCUCGUGCGGCCAGCCUUCUUGGCCUGCCCAAGCUGGGCUACCUUGAGUUUAUUCAGUGUUGGUGCCGCAGCAUUUGCAAGGAUGGCACAGAUGUCCGCAACCCUGGAGGUAAUCAGAUUGCGCAAAAUGUUCUUCCUUCGGUCGCUGGUGUCGAAUAUCCGAUCAAGCAGCGCCAUUAUUAUGGUUCUCACUUUUUUGGCGACAUGCCUUUGCUUCUGCCUGCCCAGCAUUGCCUGCAACAUAUGUACUGUUGAGAACCGUCGAAAGCAACUUGGUUACGGCGCCUCUGAGGCACCCUUGCGCGGUUUGGACAUUCCUGAGCAAAACAAUUUAUCGCUGACUUUGGCAUGCAAGCAAUGA